UUGUUCUGUGCGUAAUUUUUCCGAUUAUUGAGGAACGGUUUGCACUGGUCGGCCAGAGGGUUUGGAUCUGAAUAUAAUCAAUUUUGGUGGAAUUGCGAAUUUAUAAAUUCUGAUAUAUAAAGCAAGAAAGAUAAUGGGGCUGACAUUCACCAAGCUUUUUAGCCGUCUCUUUGCCAAGAAGGAAAUGCGCAUAUUGAUGGUUGGCUUGGAUGCUGCUGGUAAGACAACCAUCCUGUACAAGCUCAAGCUUGGAGAGAUUGUUACUACAAUCCCAACCAUUGGUUUCAAUGUGGAGACUGUUGAAUACAAAAACAUUAGCUUCACUGUUUGGGAUGUCGGGGGUCAGGAUAAGAUCCGACUAUUGUGGAGGCACUACUUUCAGAACACCCAGGGCCUCAUAUUUGUAGUGGAUAGCAAUGACAGGGACCGUAUUGUUGAGGCAAGGGAUGAAUUGUAUAGGAUGUUGAAUGAGGAUGAGCUAAGAGAUGCUGCCCUGCUUGUAUUCGGAAAUAAGCAAGAUCUUCCCAAUGGAAUGAAUGCUGCUGAAAUAACAGAGAAACUUGGGCUUCACUCACUCAGACAACGCCAUUGGUACAUCCAGAGCACCAGCGCGACUUCUGGCGAAGGGUUGUGGGAAGGUCUUGAAUGGCUCUCUAACAAUAUUCCGAACAAGGCAUAAUUUGGGGUGGGAGGCCAUUUGAACAACAUGGGGGGAUUUAAUAUUGUGUCUUAUAUCAUACAGUGUGUGACAAUUUCUUGUGAUUUUGCAGUAUUAUUAUAUCAUACAGUGUGUUUACAUAUGUAUGUAUAAAAUUUGAAUUUAUUGCUGAUAAUGCAUAUAUUCACGAGUAGAUGAACGCACUAUCUUCUUACAUCAUAGACGAACACGAGUCCUUUUAAAGUUGUGUUGUUUUAGUGUGUUUUGUCUUGGUCCUUACCUCAUGCAUGAGAAUCAUUUUAAUCUUCAAAUUCAGAUAUGGUAGUCUAAAUUGUACUCGUCCCUUUAAAGUUUUUUAUUA